CCAAUCACGUGUCCAUCAAUAAAUCAAGAUGGCUGCGCCCUGCUGCAUUAUGUAAUGUCUGAUCACAAAGAGGUUUUCAUACACUGUGAGACGGCUGACUACGCGGUAUCGCUGAUUAGAAUCCUUUCCUUUGAUUAGAAAGGGUGCCUCAUUCAAAGAUGAAUGAAGCAGCUAUAGAGGACAUGGCAUCUUACUUGUGCCCUGGCCAAGUAGGGAAUGCAUCGUCAUGGUACAGCGUCUCAGUUUGCCGGGCAGACUACUUGAGCUGCAUCCCGCAUCUUGGCUUCAUCCUCCUCACCUCCAUCCUCCUGCUUGUCUACGGAUGUUUUCCCAGACUCAGACGGGACAAGACACCGUACACCCUCCACUACCCCUGCCACCACACCCGCUGGCUCCUGCUGUUCACCCUCCUCUUCGCCUUGACGUUCUUCAUCCUGGAAGGGGUGCUGUCGGAUUUCAAGUCCCCCCGAAGCCAAACCCAGCCCCACCUGUACCUUCCGGCAAGUUGUGCCUUCCUGGCGGUUGCGCUGGCCUGUGUGUACUACCAUCAUGCAGAGGCCUGGUUGAGACCAGGGUUCGCCUGGCUCUUGCUGGCUUACUGGGGGCUUGCUCUAGUUGGGAAGGCUUCAGACUGUCUAGCUGGAUGGAAGACCUUGACAACAUCGACGUUAGAAUCGUUCGCUUUGAUGCUAUCGUAUUUAUGGUUUCUACAUAUGCAGUAUUGUUUCUUGUUGAGCUAUGUGCAAUGAUAGUCACGAUGUUUCUGAGGCGAUCCAAACACAAGAGUCUACCAGAUGAUCUGUUGAAGCCGGACAUGAAAUAUUACAUGAGAUAUGUGAGUUUUCCGUCGCUGAUAUUCUUCACCUGGCCGGGUUGGCUGUUACGUGUGGGUUACCAACACCCUCUGGAGAUAAAAGAUUUAGGCAGUUUGCCCGAAAUGAGUACCUCCCGCUCCAAUGAGAAAAACUUUGAGUUUUAUCUGCAGAAAGAAAAGGAGAGAGCUGCCAAGUUGGGUGGUCCGGAGCACUUCUCCUUAUACCGUGUCCUCUUCAGGGCUUAUCUUGGCUGGCAAGUGGCGGCGUUCCUUCUGAAAACCCUGGCGGACGUCCUUCAAUUCAUCGUUCCUCUCACUGUUGGGGGAAUUGUCACCUACGCAACGGUGCUGUACUAUGAAAAGGAGAAAACAACUGAUGAACUAUCCGACUUUGUAACCGUAAAUGAAUUCUUCAGUGAUGGUUUUGUUCUACUGUUCAUCAUGGGUGCCGUUGGGCUGUUGAGGGUGGUCAUACUACAUAGCAACUACCACUGCCUGAUCUUAUCUAGCAUUCAUCUCCGAGCUGGAGUACAGGCCGCAGUGUACAACAAGACCCUCCGUCUGUCUGGCUGGACGGUUACCAGUGGAGCCAUGACUACCGGGCAGAUCACCAACUUGAUGUCCAUCGAUGCCUUUCACCUCAUGAUGUUCUACCAGUAUGGACAGUACGCCUACUCCUUACCCUUAAUGAUCAUUGUGUUGAUGGCCAUGCUUGUCCACCUUCUGGGCGUGGCUGCCCUGAUUGCGUCCGUCUGUUUCGUCAUCGCUAUCCCGAUCCAGUACAAGCUGGCUCAGUUCCAAGCCAGAGUCCAGAAGCAUGCACUGAGAAUUUCUGAUGAGAGGCUGAAGCAGACCCACGAGAUGCUGCAAGGAAUGAAGCUCAUCAAGCUGUACGGCUGGGAGAGCAUCUUCUGCAGUGAGAUCUCCAGCGUGCGGUACAGGGAGAUCAAGAAACUGAUGAAAGCCGUCAUCUUCUUCUGCAUCUCGAUUCUUACAAGCUACUUUGUUCCUGCUUUUGUCACCCUAUUG